AAAAACGACGAUGCGCAGAAAACCAAGACAAAUAAGAAAGGGUGGUAGACGAAAUGAAGAGAGCUCGGCGAUUCAAACGAGUCGCCACCGAAACCUCCAAGCGGCCAAUACUCUCAAACCGACUCAAGGAUGACGACGUCGAACCUCCGCCGAGGCAACCUUCCCAUUCGUUGACCACUGCGGUGGUCAAACCCCGAUCCGAUUCAUUCCCAAUCCAAGAGAUUCCUCCCCCUAAAAUGACCAUCUUGCCCUACACAUUCUUCCAGAUUGACGCCCUAGACCUCGCCCCUCGUUUGCUCGGCAAGUUCCUCCGGAGAGACGACGUUGUUCUUCAGAUUACUGAGGUAGAAGCUUAUAGACCAAAUGAUUCCGCUUGUCACGGCCGAUUUGGCAUAACACCAAGAACAGCUCCAGUGUUUGGACCAGGAGGGCAUGCAUAUGUUUAUCUUUGCUAUGGUCUGCAUUCGAUGCUGAAUGUUGUUGCUGACAAGGAGGGAGUCGGUGCGGCUGUUCUAAUACGUGCUUGCGCUCCAAUUAGUGGAUUGGAGACCAUACAGCAACGUCGAGGGCAGAAGACUAGUAAGCCUGUUCUCCUUACUGGACCAGGAAAGAUCGGUCAAGCUCUGGGACUUUCUACAGAAUGGUCUAACCACCCCCUCUACACUUCUGGCAUCAACUAUGCUUUACCUGAGCAUGUCAAUGUGUUGUGGAGAUUUGCAAUUGCCGGUACCCCUUGGAUAAGUGCUCCGAAGAACACUCUCAGGCCACCGUCAUCUUAAAUUAUGGCAGCAGGAAUUCCGUAAAGGUACUUUUGGAGGGAGAAAAAAGGUUUCAUGCAAUUUUUGCUCUAAGCCUUUUUCUCGUUCAUGUAUGUACAAUAUCAUGCACAUAGCUAUUUGGAUAGUCAUUGUACUGGCUUUUGGAUUGAACUUAUGUAAGUUCAGUCAUAAUCAAUUAGAUGCAGAAUGCAGAAUUGAUUAAGCUGGUUGAACUUUGAACUUGGGUAGUGUCUGAAGCAAACGUUGUACAGUAGUCUAGUUGUAGGAAUCUCUUAUCCUAAGUUAUGCUUUUUUUUCCCUUUUUUGUUUGAUCAGAAGUUAUAUAAGCUAUUGUGGAGAGCUCCAUUUACUGAUCAUGACUUCCUCCUGAGUGUGAUUCCCAUGACCCAAAAUUGUAUUGGAUUCAUUUCCAUUUUG